GUGUCUGGCUCGAACUCGCUUCUAUCUUUCUUCCGUUGGUCUUUGAAAAAACACUGUAAAUUGCAAAGAAGCUUGUCAAGAUGAUCGGGUGCAGGUAUGUUUGUUAUCAUAUUUGUUUAAGGAAUUACUCAUUUUCUCUUAGGCAAAGCAUCUCGAAUCUCUGCCAGUCGAUUUUCGUCUUCUUAACUGUGUACUACGAUAAAAUUUUCAAACACUGACUAGAAUCCUCUUCGAUAAGAUUAGGAGUUAGUUUCUUCAUCGCCUUCGUUCACAAAUAAACACAGUUUAAAAUGUUGAAGGCCAAAGUCAUGAUCCAAGUCCUCAAGGCUGACAGGCGUCUUAUAACUUUAUUUAAACUUUUUUUCCGCGGAAAAGAGAUUUAGAGCUCCGAAAUGAGCAUUUUCUUUAAAAAUUUUGGUCCGUAUAGCAAGUUACGGACCGCAAAUUGACCAAUCACAUGGCGAAAACAGACUCAGCAAUAUAAUAAGAAGAAUUAUGCAGAUUGAGGAGAGUGUUAUCCACAGAGGCCGAAGGCCGAGGUGGAUAACACCCUCCGAGAUCUGCUUAAUUCUUCAUAUCCUACGAAAGCCGAAUUCAUUAAUUGCUUUAUUAUUCAUUCAAAAUAAUUCCUAGUUUAAAAACAUAGCUAAAACAUGCUUACCUGCAUCGAUGUUAAGUUUAUCUUCGAUAGUGUACGUUUAGGUUUGUCCAGCUCCCCAAAUAUUCUCCAAAUAGCAGAUGUCGCCCUCCGUGUUGUCUUCUUGGUGUUUUUGCUAUGUUUUUAGCCAUUAUUUCGCCUAGUUCCAGCUGUAGUUCUUACUCUUGAAACGAGUGAAGUGUCCGCCAUUUUAGUUUUCACAACGAAAACAACUCAACCUCGUCCCCAGGUCUUCUCGGUUAACGGCGCAUUAACCUGUAGAAGGCUGCAUUUUUGACGUCAUUUCCUCGUUAAACACAAAAUUCUUCCAUAUUCGGUGAUCAGUAACUGGUUAUGGUGAAUUAUGCGUGUGCUUUUAGCCAAUCAUAAUUGUGGAAAUAUUUUGAAUGAGUAAUAAAUAUUAUUACUAAUAGAUCAUAACAAGGUACAAAACAAAGAAGAGUUUUAUGCAUGUGCAAUGUGUAAACCGUCUCAUGGGCACUAACAAAUAUGCUUGAAACUGAAGGUGAUUUGUAAUGGCUUGUGUUACAAAUUGAGGAUAUAUUUUCCCUGAGAGUUAAGCACGUAUUAUUAGAAAAGGUCCACUUUAGCGGUACAGGUUGUGGUCGCCAACAUGAGCCGAGUGAAAUAACUAGUUGAAAUAACUAGUACAAUAAUACGCACUAUUAUGCACCAGCUAUUUUGCACUAGUUAGUAUCUUUUUCACGGGUCAAGUAAAAUCACUCUAAAACACAUCAAUAAUUAAACUCUUGAAUAUUACUUCUUGCUUUCACAGCAAAGCCCAAUGACACACGUUGGUUCCCCUCGGAUGGACACCAACAUGGCCUCUCCGUACAAAACUCUAUAAAUUUGGGUAAAAAGUUCCUCCAAAUAUCUAUCUCGCUCAUAAAGCUUACCUGCCGCAUUAGCCUCACCCGCAGACAUUCUUAGGGGUGCUACCACCGCAUAGACCUGAAUCUUGGCCAGACUGUAUUGAAUAAAAUUAUGUGAUCUUCUUGUUUUCUCUCAGAUUCCUGAGUAUUACCUUGGAGAAUUACCUGAGGUUUUUAAUAACCAAGACACCCUCGUCCCCGGGGCGCUUUUCCUGGCUUUGGAGGUGGAGCCCCCAACCUCAAAAGCCGGGGAAAAGCGCCCUGGGGACUAGGUUGUAACCAAGAGUUUCUUUAGAAAAUCAUUCUUAAGAUGUCAGUGUUAGAGCUUUUUGUAAUAAUAAUAUAAACAUCACAAAGUUUUAAAUUCAUCUCUUUGGUCUCUCUUUGAUGCCAUACGCGUACGUAUUAUGAAAAUGAAAGGAGGUGGUUAGAUAAAAGUUCCAGAAUAAUUGUUUUUUUGACAAAAAAGGUCACGUAGUUCUCUUUUGAAUCGAAUAGUUUCUGAGCAACGUACUUGCUUUUAUGUAAAAGGCCUAGUCGUAUUCCUACACCAUUAGUUGCCAUUGUUUGGAUCUAUAUUUUCUACGCCCGGCGUAGAAAAACACCCAUUUUCAAUUCCUGUUCACUACUAAGAGGAGUGGUGCGGUGUCAAUACUAAGUCUUUAAUCAUGGGAGAUAAUAAUAGUAAUAAUAAGGGCGCUAAAACUAUAUACAUAUUCUAAAGCGCUGAUAAAAACUGCCAGACAUUACUCACAUGACAGACAGAACUCCACAAUCACUGUGCACAAAUUGGUUCACUGGGCCUGCUUGAAACCUUGAACACUCCGGAUACUCCUGAUAACUAAGGGGAGAGUGUUCCACAGUGAGAGGCCAACACGUGCGAAGAUUAAUCAUUAAAAUUAAUCAUUAAUAAGAAAAGCAACCGAAAUGGAGUUACGUCGAAUUUCCGAGCCUUAAAAUUUCCAAAAAGCAUUUCAUGAUAUAACAUGUUGUAUUUUAUUUGGUUGUACUUUAUUUACAGAACUUCGCAGUCGGGAUAAGCGUGCACUACCACAAGUCUUCAGAUUAUUUCUAAUACCCAAAAAAUACUUGCCAAAUUUUCCUACCCAAAAAAAUCCUGGAAUCGAAAGUUUCAUCCCCUUCACUUGAAAUCCGGAGUACCUCCCCCAGGGAAUAAUGACAGGCAUAGAUCAAGCAAAAGUGUCUUUUUUUUUCGUUUUUAGUCGAAUGCAGCCCAUGAGUUACGAUAAAAGUUAAAGUGUUUAGUUCGGGUAACACUGGUGAUAUUUGCAGAACUGGUUUCAUUUUCCUGCGGUUUUAUUACAGUAAUUCGACAAGAGAGAAUUCCAGGAGUCGUUUGAUAUAUUAUAUAUGAUAUUGUAGCGCGAGCGAAGAAUUAGGGUUAGGAUUAGAAUUAGGGUUAGUCUGUCGGUAUCAGGUGUUUUUGGAAGAGAGGGUAAAGAGAGAAGAUUAAACGGAGAGACGGUCGAGCUGCAAUCUCGAGAAGAAACGCCCUAUGCUCUCUUUUCAUGCCUCCCCUGUCAGCCCUCUAAAAUCUCCUUUCCUCUAACCCCUAAGGAAAGCCUGAUACUCAGGCUAUCUUCCCAGGUAACUUAGCUUUCAGGUUCUAACCAUGCGUUUUUCAAUUGUCUUGUAAGUUUAUUUCGCCUCUUAAAAACUUUUAUUGCAAUGCUGAAGACAAUUCUUUCCUUUGUCUACAUAUUUUUUUGAUCCAUGUAUGUGCAAGUGUGUGACGUUUAGACAAUACAGAACUACUUAGCAUCCUUACACAAAAGCUGCAGUUGCCUUUAAACUAUUGGGACAAAAAAAUUAGAGCGGAGCCCCAUAUCUCCGAAAAUUUUGUAAUCUAUCUAUCCGAGAAAUUGUGUUAAUCACGUGACCGUACGCCCGUCCGUCCGCCCUCGCGCACCACUGGGUAACGAAUGUGAAAUGUCAAAUUUUCUGGCUAGUGUGAAAGCCUGUAGCCUGUGUUUAACCUGUUAUCCGCUGACCAAUGUCACAUAACCGUAUCGCUGGCUCACCUGCUAACUCAUCGAGGUGACGUGUUUUUUUCCGCCGAUCAGUUGUUAGCUGUUAAUUGAUAGCGGGCUUAAGUUUAUGUUUUUUAGUCAUAUGGUUUUCCCCUAAAGUAAAGUAUAGAUUUGUGGAUUUCUUUGCAAUGGUUUAAAGUCCAUUGUCUGCAGUAAAUUUAAAAUGCAUAAUCGGGAGCUUCGCUUUUAGCUCAGGCUAAAUCUAUAUAUAUUAGUAACAAAAGUAUCCUGCUGACAAACUUGGAACGAGAUUAUAGAAGUUGAAUGAUUCAUUAUCAUUCAGUUUUAAUUUUCAAAUUCUUAAGUCUUUCUUUGACGCCAAAAAAAAAAUUACAAAUGAAAUGGCUAAUAACUAAUAAAACUACUCUCCUGAUCUAUUGCAGUGUACACUGGAACCCCGCCUUAUGUUCACCUCGGUAAUAUGGCCACCUCGUUAUUACGGCCAUUUUUUUUUUGCCCAUUCGUGUCUGCAUUAACGGGUUUCCACUGUAUAUGAAAAGUUCAUAAGCCACCUUCGCACGUUUUUCACGUUUUAUUUUAAAGAUGCAUGGGGUUUACAUGUUGGAUUUUAGAGUCCAGAUAUAAGGAAUCAACGGUUGUAACCAAAACUUUAUAUUGCUGAAUAAAUCGCUUUGAAACAAGUUUUUGUAACACUGUUGGAAAACGGUACAAAUUACUUAAGCAUAGGUCACAGAGACAUUUAGCAUCUUUUAAAUUCUCAGGAUUGCCAAUAUCCCAUGUAAGAGCAGCUAACUGAUAUGACCAGGCUCUGAGGAUACAAAAAUGAGCAAACAAACAGACGAACAUUUCCUAGACAUAAAUGGUCUAGAAAUAUUAUACGAAAAAAAUUAAUUUUUCCCUCUUCUAAGGUUUCAAGUUUUUUUCUCUGUUUUAGCCUCAGAAUUUGUAAUAAGCGUUUGGGUUAGUUGUUUCGUUGAACAGUUCCUGUCGCCUUUUGUCUCCUUGGUGGCAAUUACAAACGACAAAAAAAAAGCUAUACUUUAAUAAUUAUAUAAUUAUAUGUGUUUUUGAAGGCUAUAUUCCACUCAUAGUUUGUCAGACUUCUUUGAGCCACAUAUAGCAAAAAACAAAAAUAAAAACGGUACGCCACAUGUAUGUAUGCAUACUUGGUUUACAUAAUGACAAGUGUCCAAAACAGAUUAUCAUUGUAAGCCAGCUUUUAAUGUCAACACCAGCAGUGAAAAGCUAAUGCUUUAUUAGCUGUUGCCUUUUGUAUUCACGCAUUACUGUUGAGAAUUUCGAAUUCUUAAUCUCAUUUCCAGGCCCCUUGUAAAUUUUUGUAUAUAUAGUCUCGUCGUUAUCUUCAACGGUCACUUUAGAUCACUUUUGAAAAUGUUUGUUGAAUAGCACAAGAAACGUCAAGUUUAUCAAAAAUGCCAAAGCUCACAAUGUUUAUCAUCGCUCUUUGUGUUUUAUUCUUGAUCAAACUACGAUGGCCCAAGAACAAAAGUCGCUAUAGUGCCCAGCACUUUAUUUCUAUAAUGCUCAGUAUUGAAUCCUUACUAAGACAUAAAAUUAGUCUGCAUAUUUUUGCGGUGAACGUAAAGACAUGGCGACCGAUGUCAAGGGCAUAAAGGUCAUGCAAGGUGUUAUUUAGAUCCUCGUUUUAAGCCAAGUGUGUUUGCGUGUGACGCGUCUAGACAGCCUUGACACCGACAAUAAAGAACUUUUUUGUACAAAAGCAUCCAUAUGAUAAUAAAAUAAAGGAAAAACCCUUCAAAGAACCAGCAUUGACUUAUUUCUGUCAUAUAAUACGGCAAUUUCGUAACUACAUAUUUUAUAAAUAAAAUUUCCUCGUUUACUAAGUUUGCAAAAAUUUAUCUGACCUCGGAAAGAACAAAAAAAAAAUGUACUGUGUACACUCUACAGUAUCCUUUCUUUUUUGUUGUUGGUGUUUUACGUUGUUUGUUUUUCUCACUGUUACAUUUCAUAAUCUUUCAAUCCAAUGGUCAAGUACCAUAAUGGCAUAAACAACACGGGCCUAAUAGUUUGUGGUCAAUUACGGAUGCUUUUUGUUUUAUUGUUUUUUGAGAUUAGCUAUCGCGUCUUUAAAUUUCUCCUGCUGUGUCGUCCUUCCUUGUUUAUGUUUGUAAUGUAAUGUAAUUUUGUUAGGGGUGGUAGGGUCACCACGCCAGUGAUUUUGGCGUUCAAGUAGCACCCAUCCUGAGGCACUUUAGAUUGUGAUGUAGAGUUUGGUGUGCUGGUUCUUGUGUUCUUGUGUCUGCAGCGUUCUGUGUCGUAAAUGGGGGGCCCAACAUUUCAACCCUCUGGUGCUCCCCAUCCUCGAAACAACGAACGAACGUAUAAAAAAUAAAAUAAAAUAAAAUAAAAUAAAUAUAGUUCUCUCUUCUGAAAAUUUCAUUCUUUUAUUCUAAGAGAACGUUAAAGGCCUUCAAGUUACUAGUUUUGUUAAACCUUUUCUCCCGUGGUUUGUCCCCUUGGCGGCAAAUGUGAAGGAAGAUAACCCCCAUAUUUUAAGAGGGUGACACCAAUUACUAUGAAAAGUAAUCCCCUUAGUGGCCCUCUAAAAACAAAAUUAAUAAUGAAAAAUUACAACAAUCAUGAAAAAAAAAGCCGUACAAAUAGUGAUGAUAAUAAAAGAUCUUCAAAGUUCUAGCGAUUUAAAAAAUUGAGAGAUGUCAAAAACGAAUGUGAAUAAAUUGGUAAAAAAGAGAAUCAAGUUACGAUGAUAUUUAAAACCACGGAAAUUUCAAAAAUCAGAAUAACUUUUUAACUUGAAAAUUGUCCACCGUAUAGUUUGAGACGGCGUUAUAAAAAAUAGCUGACUAUAUAUUUCAAUACAUAGUUUUAAAAAUUUUUGUCGAAUUAAGCACAUGAGCUGGAGUGUAAGAUAAAAUAAUUUUCAGUUUAGUUAUUAUUGAUGAUAUUUGUAAAACUCGCUACAUUAUUAUUCUGAUUCUAUUCAUUCUUACCUAAGACAAUACUGUAUUAGUCUACAAGUCUUAUCAAUUCCUACUAAAUUUUUUUAAAAGUAUGUAUUGUUAUUAUUAUAUGUAUUGUACUAUUUUAUUCUUUGUUGUCUGAAAAAUAUGGAAAUGUAAUAAGUUGCUCAAUAUAAAGGUAUUGGCUUCAUCACACGUAACUACUGAACUAUUACUCUCUUCAGAGUUAGUAGGUCCUGAUUGUGACUUCUACAGGUAAGCCAUUAUACAACAUUGUCAAGUUACAGCUUUUUAAUACUGAACUCGGGUCUAGUUGACUUUAAAAUAUUGAGACACGAAAUUAUAAUAAUAAAAACAUCCUGCAGAUAGAGUUAGAAAGAGCAAAAAGAUCUGCAGCAUGGAGUUAAAAUUAUUGGUUUAUUAAUCCAUCCAUCAAAACCUUUUAGCCACCUUCGCACGUUUUACUUUUAAUUUGGCUUUACAAAGAGAGCUUAUAUUUUAAGUUAAAAGAAUUUCCGUGAAAACAAUACAACGAUAAUGUUGGCUACCCUUUUCUUUCCUUUUUUUUAAAUUUACGACAUAUCUUUUUAAAGGGGCUAUUCAGGCCAUUUACUACAUCUUCUGAAAAAGCUCAAAGUCUCUUCGCAUCAAUUAUAUAUAUUUUUCAAAAAAAGUGUGGUCCAGAUUUGUUUUUUAAGAUUAUAUUUAGGCAUUGAAACUGUUUCCUGUCGUCUGUUACAACGGAUGGCGAGGACGGAUUGGGCGAAGGCUUUCAAAUUUUAAUGCAUUACCUACAAAAAAUAAGAAUUAUUAUGUUUUAUGUCCCUGAUGAAGUUUGUUCGAAAUUUUCUUCAUAACUCUACAGGGGCAUUUUGUGCGUGGCACACUGGUUACCCGGCGAAAUGACGUCUGAGAAACGAAGAAAUUCCAUACUGAUGACACGUCAUUACCCAGAUGAGGGUAGUGCUUCUGAUUGGCUGAAGCAAAUUUCCCUCGCAGCACGACCAAUCAGAGGCACUACCCAGAUCUGGGUGGUGACGCGUCAUCAGUGUGCAGCUUGUUUCUCAGACGUCAUUUCGGGGGAAAUAUCGACUGUUUUCUCAGGCCAAUUAAAAUCUUGAAGAUCAUCGUAGACUAUACCAUCGUUACGUUAGUCUUUGUAACGUCAAUAAUUGUAUAUUGAGUGUAUAUCAUCAAGGUGACUAUUUAACCUUUAAUUAUACUAGCUCCCUUUUAGCAAAUUGUGACAUCACGGGUCUUUCUUUCUCAGUAGAAAGAAGCAUUCAGGAUGAACUCGAUUUUUUACUUUGGCCUGUGCACACUUUUUGUGCAACUGUCUCUGGCCACAGGUGAGAUACACUCUUGAGUGUGAUAGCUAAAAGGGAAAUAAAAAAUAUAUAUAUAUAUAGGUUAACUAGAAAUAAAGUUAAUUAGUAUAUACACACUCAAUGAUCUUGGUGUUUUAAGCAAUCUGAUUGGUUCGCUAACCUGCACUAUUCAACAUUAGUAAAAUCCAACUAGUUUUCUAUUAUCAAUUCUGCGUUCAAAUUGGUUGAGCUACUACUAGGCUAUAUGUUAUAGCCCACUAGUAGCGAAAAGCGCUGGCUUUUUGGCGGCAAAAAAGGAUUAAAAUCUAGCUUUAACUAGCUAUAAUUUUUUUAUUCUCGAUAUUUUUGACCAACUAGUUGGAUUUUACUAAAACAGUUAUUCCUCUCGCCCUCAUGGCCUCUGACUCAACAGCAUCAACAGCCUUCGGCCUCAUGGGCUAUUGACUCAGAGCCCAUCCGAGCUCGAGGAAUAAUUGUUAAAUACUCACCUCCUAGCGAGUGGAUAAUGUGUGAACUCGGUGUUUUUCCCAUUUUUUUAGAGAACGAUCUUUUAAAAGUCGACAAAAUCCAACAGUUGCCUUUUUUAAGGAAAGAAAAGACUUCGAAGGAUUCAAAACGACGUUUUUCCAUUUGCUGUAGGCGAGUUUUGUGCUCGAUGGAUUGUUUACAACUCUCGUUUAUUCGCGUAGAAGAGGCUGUUUCGUGAACUCAGCGUUUCCUAACAAGUAAAAUUUGGCCCCAGAAUGGAAGUUUAUUUUUGACAAACAAAUUUGAAAGCAAAUGUUUGCAGAAAUUCUACGUUACAAGUAAAAAGGAAAAUGAAUGCUACAGGAAGACGACGUCUUACGUCGAGCAACCGAGCCGCCAUUUUUGUCGGCACUUCAUGCGAAGAACGACACAACAAAGCUUUUGGGCCAUAAACUUGGCGAGUGAACAGAAAACAACAAGGCUCUACUUUUUUUCUCAGCUAAGGAAACAAUUCAACCUUUUAACGGUUCCAUCUAAGCCAUAAAGCUGUCGUUUGCGAAGUGAUAAACUUGUGAAUUGCCACGUUUGAAAAUUCUGCAAAGAUCUAAUUUUAAACUUUCGAGUGAUUUGAUCCGUCAAUCAAAUCGUACUUUUUAAUGGUUUCCUCUCUGAUUUUUCUGAGGUCACUUCGUGUGUAUAUACUAAAACAAAGUUUCUUUUCAAUCUCGGUGAAUAGGGGCUUUGGGAAUAUUUACCUUGCCACUUCGGGGCUCGGUGAAAUAUAUAUUGCCACUAUUCACCUCGAUUUCAAAGAAUAAUUGUUGAAUAGACUUCAGAGCAUUAUUCAAGAAACCUUGCUUUUAUACUGCUGAUGGUGGGUCGGAAGGCCAAGAAAGUCUCGCACUAGGAGGCGACUCGUGCUCGCUCUUAAUUUAUUCGUCGACUAACUAUAAAAUGGAAUAAUCCAGCACUGUUCCUGUUAAUACCCAUACGACUGGGACGCUACAUAAAUGUAAAUACUGUUUCUAAGCCAAACUCUGUUGAUUCCUGCAAAAACAACAACCACAAAUGACAACAAAAACUUCGUGACCUUUUUUUCCGCGUAUUGCAACUUAACAAAAAAAAGCUUUCCAAUUCAACUUCAUCUCUGUUUACAUCUAAUACUUUUGAAAUAGGUGAAGUGGUUUCAAUUCUUCUAAGGACAAAAGCAGACUAACUUGUUUGGCGCGCAGAGCCUCUCCCCGCAAGCAGGUUACAAUACCACCUGUAUGUGAUACCUCUUCUAAGCCAAACCCUCUCCCUCGCAAGUGGGUUAGAACUGCUUUAUAGAAUCAUUUCCUGUAGCGACUAGUUUGUAAUUCUAAACUUUUCCCACCAUCAAAAGGGAAUAAUGGGACAGAAAGGAAAAAACCCAGUCUUGCGAGAGGAUUUUGCUCUCUUGCUAUCGUCAUGAACAGUGUGAGUUAUUGAUUAAGGGCUAUUUAUAUUUUAUUUUUAUUUUAUAUAUAUAAAAAAGAAAGAAAAUAUAUUUUAAUGAAGAACCCUCUAGACAAUCUCUUUAGGAAGUUAUAUCAGAGUACUACAUGUAUUUUAAUGACAAUUUAUUAUGAGUAUUAUUUGCUAUUGCAUUCAUAUCAAAUGCUCGAAAACCCUAUUAAGACUGGUAGGAGGGGCGUUUGAGGAUCCCCUCGCUUUAAAGUAUAUUUACUUCAAAACCUUUCAAGCUAUGACUGCUAAAGUAAGCGAUUUUUUCUAAAAUUGAUUUGAGCACAUUUUGAGAGUGAAUUUCGAAAAAAAAAAAAAUCAAAGAACCAGAAACGAUUCGCGGCCGCGGUCAAAGAAUCGAUUCCGCUCAUAUUUUGGCCACGGCAAGGAUUAAAUGUAAUCACUUCAAUCAGGAGCCUAUUCCUGCUCCAGUGGUAUGGGACUAGUUUUUCGAACUACGCUUUCCUUUUGAAAUAAAUGGUUAUAAAUAAUUUCACACUUUUUUGGCUAUGCGUGAAAUACGUGAAAUAAUGAGGGUGAGGGACUAGAAAAACUCAAAGAAAUUACACAGAACAAGUAUUUUUCUCACUACUCGUGUGUAAUUGAUAAUCAGUAUGUUAAAGUUAGCAAUGCGAGAACCCUUCUUCCAACAAGGAAAUACCCAUCAACCAUUCAUGGGCUGUGAAGAUACUGGUGUUGACAUAAACACGAUUACAGGAAAACAGGCUCAUCACCACCAACCCAACAGAACGACCAAGAGAGAUAAGGCACCGAAAGAAUCAUCUUUGCAACAUUGUAUUGAAACCCUCAACUAAGCAUCACCGUUGUGUAUGCACCUACUGAAUGUUCAUCUUCUUCAGGACAGGAGGAAUUAUAUAUAUCCCUCAAAGAACAUCUUGACCAAGCAAAGAAACAUGAGAUCGAUUUCAUUCUGGGGGAUUUUAAUGCUAGAGUUGGCAUGCAUAGCCAAGUGUAUCCCCCUGUGAUUGUUGAUAAGUACCGUUACUAUGACACAAGAAAUAUAAAUGGUGAACGCCUCAUUAACUUGUGCUAGGAGUGCAACCUUCGAUUUGUCCAGCAAAGAUUUUCUCAGCCUUAUCGUUAGCAGUGGACCUGGGUGCACCUGGUUGGAUCUAAACAUCAGUUGGAUCAGAUACUGAUCAACAGCAAGAGGAUUAACUCUCUCCGGAACUGCCGCGCUUACAACGCAGUUGAACUGGACUAUGACCACCGCAUUAUUAGCAUCCUCCUUCUAGUCACUAACUUGCGAACAGGCAAGGGAAAGCCAUUCAAGUGAUCAAAAUGUAACUAGAGGAAGCUGCAAGACGAAAGGACUAGAGUGGAAUUUCAGUUAGAGCUGUCCAAUUCGAUUCAAAGCACUGUAAUGGAUCUGUAGUCCUCUGAAACAACCGUAAGGGAAAUCAAUGAAAAAAGUAGUCGGCAAAGGAGAGGCAUAUGGGCUACCAAGUUGGGUAUCUGACAAGACAAUCCACCUGAAGAAGAGGCGAGAUUAGGACCAAGAAGUAAUUUGCACUAUCCAAGAUACCACAAUCAAAAGACAUAUGGAGAAAAUUAAAUGCAAGUCUCAUUGAUUCCUACAGAAGCUGCCCCUUUCAGUAGUCAGAUAGAAGACUUGAAAUUAGUUGAUGAGACUGGGUAAACACGGCCACUUGGGGCAUUAUCCAUAAACUUAAAGGGGAGAACACCAAGCAAAAUUCACCUGUAAUUCACAUUCGGGUGCUAGUUUGUGAUUUGUAAUAAACCUUUACUAUUAUUAUUAUUAUAUUAUUAUUAUUAUUACUAUUCUUCUCUUUAUAAAAUGUAAAAUCAACUAGCGAAAUGGCUCAGCUGCCUCUAAUGAACAAAAGCUACUAGACGAGUGGAAGAGCUACUUCGGCUCAUUGCUCAACAAUGACGACUGGGAUCGGAGCUACCCCUCCAGCAGCAGAAGACCUUCCGAAAAAUAUUGAUCCCCCAACUCGAGAGGAAACUGCUGAAGCAAUUGCAGCAAUGAAAACAAACAACUAAAGCAACAGUUUUGGACUGUGCCAUUACUGCUGAGGCACUUCAAGGCGGUGGUGAUGAAAUGCUUGAUGCCAUUCAUGCAUUUUGUUUUGAAGUUUAUACCUCAUUAUCUCCACCACAUUAGUGGAUUACCUAUGUUCUCAUUCUGUUACCCAAGAAAGGUGACAUCUCGCUGAUGACAAAAAUAUACUGUAGCGGCAUUUCCCUCAUGUCCAUUGCUGCAAAGGUGUACAAUAAGAUCUUGUUAAGUACAUGUAGAAUUCGACGGUAGAAUUUGCAAUGUAUGUUCCUACUCAUGGGUGGAGAAAACCCGGAACACGGCGAUCGUUGUUCACCGAUUAUAUUUAUUGUCUUCUGGGGAAUCCUGAUAGCCUGUAGAAUGACAAUCAACUAUUAAAAAUGGCUCAAGACCGCCAUCGAUGGAGGUUGUGGUUGAAUGCUCUGCAGCCGAAGGAUGAUGAUGAUGAUGAUGAUGAUGUUGAUAAAAGUUAGCCUACCAAUUUUUGGCAGUUAUUUUCUACAAUCGUCAAAAUAACGCCCGCGCGGCGUACAUAUCGUAUCGGCUUUCAGUAUAUGAAAAUUUUCUACUCACUCUUAGAGUAGCCCGUGUCAGAAGCCCAUCCUGCCCGUGUACAGAAACUGCGUUUUCAGUAUAGUAGUCUACUCACUAACACAUUCUCUGAAUUAUAUCACUUUUCCACCAUUUUAAAGUCUGGCUCAGAGAAAUGUCGCAGCGAUGAUUGCUGUCCACUUCCAAUUCCAUGCCACAACGUGGCUAGCAGGUGGCUUAUUGUUAAUGAUCCUUUGAACUCGACCAACGAUCUGUUUUACUUCUCAAUGUCUAGAAUGUCAGGAUGCUCUGGGCAUGCAAAACGGUGCCAUCUCAAGUGGACAAAUUAGUGCUUCUUCGGAGUGGGAUGCCAAUCAUGCUGCCAUUCAGGCAAGACUCCACUUUAAAGCAGUUCCCGGCAAAGCAGGAUCAUGGUCAGCUAAACACAAUAACCUGGACCAGUGGCUGCAGAUUGAUUUGGGUAGUAGGCACACCAAGGUAACCGGCCUAGCAACUCAAGGCAGAAAUGGCCCAUACCGCCAGUGGGUAACUAAAUACAAAGUGCAGUAC